AUGGAGAAAUGUCAGGAGCUCGUUAGGACAUAUGUUGCCACUGACGGAGAUGACACUAUUAAGGAGUUGGUCCAGCAUGUCGAUGAUCAAUUACUUACUCUACUGCAUAUCGUAAAGUCUUUAGGGGAGUAUCUGACUAGUGAGGAUGGAAAAAUUAGAGAGAAAGGUAUCAGGCUACUUUCGCACGUUAUAUCUCAGUGUCAGUCAGAGAGAAUUAGCAAACAGUCAACUCGGGUCUUGACAACAUUCUAUCUUGAGAAGAUACAAGAUGCGGAUACAAUCAUACCGGCGCUUGACGGACUCCUUACCUUGACAUCACUCCCUACUUUUGGAACGAAUGAAGCUACAGAUACGGCUCACUCGGUUAUCAGUCAUAUCUCAAUGAAGGCUCUCGUGCAAUCGGUGCGAUACGUUGUGUUCAGGAUAAUCGACGCGUUGUUUGCAAAACACCUGGCCGCACUCGUAUCAAGCCCCACGUUCCUUCCCGGUUACAUCAAACUUGCGGAAGGGGAAAAGGACCCAAGAAAUCUAUUACUGGCUUUCAAUAUUGCGAGGGUUAUUGCACUCGAAUUCGAUAUCACCAAUCACAUUGAUGAUCUCUUUGAUAUCACAUUUUGUUACUUCCCGAUCACAUUCAAGCCUCCGCCCAACGACCCGUAUGGGAUCACAACCGAGGAUUUGAAAUCUUCACUUAGUGCAUGUUUGUCUGCUACACCGCGAUUUGGACCACUAGCCCUUCCGUUAUUCUUAGAGAAAUUGUCCGCGACGGCUGGGAACACCAAGGUUAUUUUUAAUUUCGCGGGCUUGUGCUUGCCUGUUUAUGGACCAGCCGUCGCGAAAAGCUUUGCUUCUCAAAUGUGGUCUGCAUUCAAGUUGGAAAUAUUUCAACCUCUUGAUGCGGAGACCGCAGAUAAAGCAGUCAACGCGCUUACCACAUUGCUCUUGGUGCUAGGAAAGAACAAAACAGCAGGACCUGGAUCCACAGAAGAAGUUAUAGAUGAGCUCACCGAAGAAGUUACCACAGAGUGCUUACGCGUGUUAAGAGAGCCGGAGAAGAGCCAGGCACAGCAUGCUAUAAAAAUAGUAAAUGCGUGUCUUGACACUGCGUCGGCAAUCUGCACUUAUACACUUAACCGCGUCGCUCCCUUCUUGAUUAAACAAUUUCACGAUCCCGAUGAGGCUGCGCACCGUGACCCAAUUCUGGCUGCGCUCAGAGAUGUUCUUCAUGCUAUUCGUGAACUUAAAGAGGGACCAUGCCGUGAGGCGUCAUUGGCCUUCCUAAAGGCGAAUAAGGACACUACGCUUGGCGCAUUGACCUCGGGUUUGAAUACGAAAGUUUCACGUGGAUCAGCACUUAGCGGCUUGCUCCAGAUUUCUUAUAUGCAAGGCGUGCUAUCCAACGAAGAAAUGGCAUUUGUGGUGCACAAGAUCAAUGAAUUGUUAGGAUCCGAAAAAGAUGAACUUGAGGAUUUAAGGCCGAUAGCUCUUGAAGUUCUAAAUGUCAUCUCAAUUGUUUCACCCAAGGUAGUGGAGGAAAACACUCUCCCCAUGCUCUUUGCGGCCCUUCCUGAUAAGGCACCAGCCCGGGAUGCAGACGAAGAACGUGCAAAGUACUGGGCCAUUCUUUCGGCACUUGCAACACUUUGUGAAGCUCCUACGCUAUUCGAAGUUCUCGUGAUCAGACUUUCAACAAAACUCGAGAUCAUUUGUGGCACGGGACCCGCUGAUCGAGAAUGUACAGCUGCUUACGCAAGUGCAUUGCUACAAACCAUCUCAAACGUACUUGCACGUAAAUCAGAGGCUGCACAUCCAGAUGUACCGAAAUACCUGGAUCGAUUACUUCCAACUCUACUCACAUCGGUGGUCACAGCUGCAAUAUCACCCACGCCUGAGAAUGAAGUUGCCACUCAUCCAAAGAUUAUUCAUCCCAUCGCAUCAGUUUUUAGUGUGGUUAUACGCUCCGCCCCUACCGCGAAACAAGCCAGUUUUAUUAACUCCUUGUCAAAACUUUUCUACGAAGCUCGCGUGGAGGGCGUGUUAAUGUCCAAACUUCCGGCUCAAUGCAAUUUCAACCCUUUUGAUGAAAAUGCCCCAUACGAGCAACGUAAUGUUGUAAUAUUGCUUACUGCAUCUAUCGUUCCACUGCGGCCAGAGACUGAAUUGCCUUUCGAAGACCUAGAUCAAACUUUAUCGUCGUUAGUAGAGUGGUGCACUAACGAUCGGACAAGCGAUGUACAAUCUAUUAAUGCCACCCGACUCAUAUCUUCUCUGGUUAACAAACAUUCCGAAAGAUUAAAAUCAUGGAUGGAUGGGUACCUACCAAACUUUUGGCAGGAGACUAUAUACAAUCCAAGGCAAGUCAGGCAGGUCAGAAUUCGGGCUCUUCAAGUCUGGGUUGCGGUGACUCGUGCACUGGUUGUCCAAAGUCACCAGAAGGGUGAUGAAUGCGUCAAUAAUGUGUUCUCUCUUUUCGAAGAUCCCCUGGUCGGUCGCGCCGCAGGAAAGGCAAUUGGAGAAAUAGCACUGAAUGAUGAUGGGGUUCUCACAAAAAAGAACAGUGCAACUAUUCGAGACCCAUCCGUAGCUGUUUGCACUCCAAAAGUUAUGUGCCCGCUUAUUGCCGAGGUUAUAUUGGGCUAUAAGGAGUCCAAAGAGUCCCUGAUCCAAGACGCCUACCUGGUCGCUCUGGCCUCGCUUAUCAAGGCGGUUCCCAAGUCGACGUAUGCGGAGUACCUAUCAGUGUUGAUGCCAAUUCUCCUCAGGGGCUUAAGUCUCGAGGGCACAGAACUAAGGACCAACAUCUUUCAAACUCUUCUCCAAGUUGCCAAGGACACUGCAGAAUUAAGUGCUACCAACACGGGCCCACUUGCCGAACAUGCUGGCUCCUUAAUCAAGGCCGCAUUGUCUAAUUCUCAACAUUCUGAAGCGAUAACUCCAAGUAUUCAGGUAUGUGCCCUACAGUUGUUGGCGAUCCUGCCUGGUGCAUUGCGCUACGAUAUACUACACCCAUAUAAGAGUGAAGUGAUCCGGAAGCUCGGAUCAGCUCUUGAUGAUCGAAAAAGAGCUGGUUUACGGCUACGUCUCGCGUACAAAUGGACGCUUGAAAUCAAACAAGGUCUUGGGAGCCCUCUCGUCAUGCCAGUCAACGAGGCCGCCGAGAAUAUACUCGCUACCAUUGGCACGGUGCUGUGGACUGCACAAUUAGUGCCACAAGUCGUCAAGAGUUUUCGCGAGAAAUCAACAGAGGGCCUUUCGCCAUGGCUAAUGUUCAUCUGGGCUCUCUCAGCUUGGUUUUUGGGCGUUUAUGCGAUUGUCCAGAAUAUUAGUAUACCGAUUAUACUCCAGCCACAGCUCUUUGGAGCACUUGCCGCGCUGUCUUGGAUACAGGCAUGUUGGAAGGUCGAAGGCCUUCUGUGCUUCACUUUACGUGUUCUUCUUGAUGGCCAUGGCAGGUGGACUUCCGAUCCUACAUUGACAAAAUUCCCUGUGAACCAGCGAACUGACAGGGCAGGGAAUGAAUGGCCUACUCGGGUGAUGGGCAUUAUGAGCGCACUUCUGAUUGCUCUAGGUCUCUUGCCCCAGUAUUGGGAGAUAUGGAAGCGAAAAGAGGUAGUUGGAGUCUCUAUGCUUUUCAUGUCGGUAGAUAUGCUAGGAGGGGUGUUCAGUGUGCUGUCUUUGGUAUUCCAAGCUCAGUUUGAUGCUGUGGCGGCAGUAUCAUACGUCCUUGUUGUGGUACUCGAUGGUGUAGUUGUGCUUGCCGCGCUCAUCCUUAACCCGAUAGCUAAACGGCGACGUGAGCGCGAAGAUCAAAGUACAGUUGCUCCCGGAGAGGUUAGCGACCUUGAGAUAGGUCAGCAGUUGCACGAGGGCCGAAUUGUGCUCGCCGAGGCAGUAGCCGCUGUCCAAUCCAAACAUGGGCCGUCGCCAAUGAAACAGAUUGAAUGA